UGACAGGGAGGGCAAUGGCUCACAUCUAAACAUAGUCCUUCUUUUCCGUGAUGAGGACGUGCUUUUGAUUCUAUCUUCACCUGCCGAGCACAUCGCUCUGCAGUCACACGGAAGAAAGUACCGAAGGAUGGCAGCAGACAACAGACAUCUGGUUUUAAAGGAAAGCUGGUGAUUAUAUUUGACAAAUAAGGGUUUUUAUGGGACAGCAACGAGAAGGUAUGUGUUCACCUUUAAUGAACUAAAACGACAUAACGCCAUCCUUUCUCAUGAUUGCUAGACAACAGAAUAUAUCAUUCGAGAGGAAACGCCUGAAUAUAACUUUGAUUUGUUUUGUACUUUGUGAGUAAUGGGGAAUCAAGAAAUCCACUAUUAAACCAGCCAUGCAAACUUGUUUGCCGACACACAACCGACAGACAAUUUAGCUCAGAACAAGUCAAACUUGAAGGGAGUCUGUUCCUUUUGCCAGGUCAUCAGGAAAUGUUAGCAGCUUGUGUCGCCAAACAGACAUGAGGGACCGCCUGAGCCACCUGAAGGAGGUGUCCACUAGGGUGGGUGUGCCGAAUGGGGUGGAGGAGACCUCGUCUACAUCUGACUCGUUUAGCAAUGUGGACUUGGAGGACCUCCAGCAGCAGGCUGUGGUGUUUGACAAUGACGGGUCUCUGGACAAAGUGUUUGAAGAGGCCCAGGACAUACGGAGAGAGAUCCAGCUGAUCCGGCUGGACGUCAAGAAGCUGAAGGAGCAGAACUCCCGCAUGCUGAACGAGGGCAACGUGAAUACCAUCAAGAGGGACUCUAACGCCAUUGCCAAGGAUAUCAAGAGUCGCGGGGAGGGCGUGCUGACGCGCCUCCACAAGAUGGACGCUCGCGGCAAAGAGCUGGAGGACAAGUACGGCCCCAACUCAGCCGUGGUCCGCAUCGCCAGGACCCAGUACAUGUGCCUGAGCAACAACUUCCGGGACGUCAUGUUCGACUACAACGAGACGGAGAUGAGCCACCGGGAGACCUGCAAGAUGCACCUCCAGAGGCAGCUGGAGAUCGUGGGCAGGGACGUCACCGGGGAAGAAAUCGAGGAGAUGAUCGAGAGCGGCAACUGGAACGUGUUCAACGAGAACAUACUGACGGAGGGCAAGACCUCCCGCUCCGCGUUCGACCAGAUCGAAAGCCGCCACAGGGACCUGGUGGAGCUGGAGAGCCGCAUCCAGAGCAUCCACGAGCUCUUUCUGGAUGUUGCCAUGCUGGUGGAGGAACAGGGGCCAAUGAUGAACACCAUCCAAGCCAAUAUCCACAACACAGAUGUAGCCAUUGGGGAGGCUAUGAUCAAACUCAACACAGCUAAGAGAUACGAUAAGAACAACCCCUUCAAGAAGAUGUUUUGUGGCUGUUUCCCCUGCUACAAAUGAACAGAUGUUGCAGUGGAGACAUUACUAGAAGCCUCCUUGAAGUAAAAACAGUCUCAGCAAAAGCAAAGCUUUUACAUGCUAUUUAAAGAAGCAAUUUACGAAGAGACCAUGCCCAUGUUCAGAAAGAGUAGUUUUAAAUUUUAAGCCGUCUGUCCUUCGCCUGAGAAACCAAAGUACAUAGUUAUGAUGAAAAAAUGACAUACUGUAGCUACAUUUGUCAUGUAAACAUUCCAAUUGCAUAAUCACUUGUAUGCUUUGAUUACUUUACAUUAAUCUCUGGUAUAUGUUACAGUCUGGAAACAACAAAAUUAUGGUAUCACACUCUAAUCACACUAUUAUCACCCUCAGUCCACAGAGGUGAUUACUAUACCUUCAAUAUGAAUCCCACAGAGGAUAACUUAGACUUCAGCUGUGCCACCCCUUUCCUUUGGAAUAUCCAUUCAAAACCUGUCCCAAAUUAAAAUGUAAGGCACACCUAUUUUCAUGGGCAUUCAUCCAACUCACAGUAUGUAUGUUGUUUCUGUUAUGAUAUUCUUCACAGUUUUAUCUCACUUUACUAUUGUUCUCAACUUACACAUGUUUAAGUCAACUGUCUGCCCAAGUGUAUUUAUGAGUAAUUGUGCCCUGCCUUGUAGAAAAGGGAGAAUAAAUUAAACGAAUGAAUCAAUCUGUCAGUGUCACAGAACAACAUAACCAAGUAGGAUGUGUGGUCACAGUGCAAAGCAUGCGAGGUCAAAAGAAUCAGGGUGUUUUUGUUAUCAUUUGCAGAAUGUCCACAGGGUACGUCACAUGAAUCAGCAAAUCCAGCCAGGUCCUGAAAUAAACUAAAUAAUUAUAAUUC